CGCAACCAACGCGCCCACCUCCCGUCGCCCCUACCUGGCGCCUCAAGCGGAGCUCACAUAUUUCCUCAGGCAAUGAGCCACGCCUUCCUCAUUCUCGCGCCCUCUCAAGGUCUUCUUCCCGAUUUCUUCUUUUGAAUCUCACCUCUCAAGGUAGCGUAUUGCACCUAAAAAGCAGUACAGUAUUUAGAUUCGCGCCUUCUCUACUAGCAGCUCUCUCAAACUUCUUCUACUAACUGCUCAACUCAAAUCGACUCGACUCGACUCAGUAUUCAGUACAGAUUUUUCACCAGCCUAAGAUGGCCAAACCUACUUCAUCUGACAAGAGCGGACAAAAAAAGCCCACCGCGGUUCGUCUGCACGAAGGCACGCGGAUUCGCGUCGUCUGGCCGCGCGAUAACCGCUGGCACGCGGGUUUCGUGAAGAAGUACGACGCGAAGAAGGCGCUCCAUACGAUCGUGAGCGACCACGGCGACAGCAAGCGACUGGACCUGCGAACCACGCGCUGGGAAUUCGAAGACCCCCACGCGGACCCGGCAAAAUUCCUCCGCCCGAGGGGGACCCGCGGGCGGAAAAAGGCGUCUGCGUCGGCCGCAGCGGCGGCAACCGCAUCGGCUCUGCCUCAGCUGUUCCCCGUCGGCGGUUCCCGAUACGCGUCGUCAAACGCCGCUGCGAGCUCGGAUUCUGGCGACUCGUCGGAUCCAAGCUACGGCCACGUCGACAGCCGGGCUUACGGCGCGUCGUACCCCGCCGCUGAGGCGCGCCCCGCUGAGUCGUACGAGGAGGGGGAGUUCGUGCAUCGGGGCCUGAGGACCCGGAGGAGCCGUCAGUACGUGGUUAGCGACGACGAGUCCGGCGAUGGUGACGACGUGGGGAAUGAUGCUGAUGAGGAUACUGAGGUGGAGGAGAGUGAUUAUGAAGAUGAGGACUUGGGUUCCGAUUCCGAGUGUGAUUUUAUCGGGGGAGCGGUGGCUGCGUCGGCGGGGCGCAAGAGGCGGUCGAGUGAGGGGCACGCUUCGGGUGGCGAGUCGGUGGGGGCGAAGCGGUCUAAGAACGAGGGGUCGUUUUUCACUCUCACCGAGGUCGCGUGGCAGCAGCAACAAUCGCAGCAGCCGUCGCAACCGUCGCUGCCGUCGCAGAAAGCAGUGAAGGCGAAGAGGCCCGUGGGUCGUCCGCGAAAGGUGCCGAAGUGCGGAUUGGCCCAAGCCGCCGAGCCUACUGUAGACGACGACACUACCAUGGACGAGAUGAUGCUCAUUAUGGCGGUAGCGCGUCGCCUUGUAAAGGAUAAGUGCGCCUCCCCUGCCGCCUGCGACUCGCUCAAGCCCUCCCCGGUUUCCGCGAAGCUCAGGGAGAGCAGCGAGUCGGGGGCGACGGUUAAGGAGAACGAAAACGUGGUGGCGUUGGGAAGCGCGGAGGGGGGCAUGGUGGAGGUGCAAGUGACUCAGCAGGGGCAGCUUCAGGUGAAGGGGAAGGUGCAGCGCGCCGCUGUUAAGGUGGACGUUCAGGGGCCCAUGGAGGACUCGAUUAAGGACCUCAGGGCGGUUCACGUUCUCCCCGUUACAUCUACCAGCCCGGCGGCCCUGUACGGACCAGCUGCUGCUGCUGCUGGCGGGUUCCGUUUCAUGUCAGGGAUGGAGUCGUGUGCGCGUGCCACGUGGCCGUGCAGCCAGGGUCGCGUGGUGGUGCGGGCAGCUCCGUCCGUGGUCCCUGCUCCGGGUGGCGCCAUCCGAGCUUAGGCAAUCCGCGGGUGCGCUUUCAAGGACUCUACUAUACUUAUUUUCUUAGUUCCUUAAUUUCCUUUUUUCUGAACCUCGGAGCUGCAACCAAGUGGAGUCUCCGUAUACGUGGAGCAGUGCACAUAGAAGGCAUGGUUGCCUCCGCGGCUUCCUCCUCCGUGUUCUAGCUUAUACCCAGGUCUAACUAGUUUAUCUUGAUUUUUAUUGAAAGCUACUUUCCUGAUCUGGU